GCGAAGUGUGAAUAACGGCGCUUCCAGUGAACAUCGUAACUGCAGAUCUGACUGCUCGCGAAAGUGUUACAAAUUUAGAAACGGCUCGAAUUAGCUCUAAUAUGCAACGAACACGCGGGCUCUUCAAUGUGACCAUCGUUGUGGGCGCAUUGCUGCUGCUGAUGUGCGCCCAAAGCGCGGAUGCCAACGGUCAUCAGAAGAAGAAAAAGGUCGUCAUACACGUACCGGUCCACAAGAAGAUCGAGGAACACACACACACCAUUAUAAAGCAUAUACAUCAUCAUCACAAACCGAUUGUCAUCAAAGAGGAAAAGGUCAUACACGAGGAGCAUCAUCCGAUUAUACACAAAGAGCACAUCUCUCACGAGCAUCAGCAUCAUCACACGGAAAAGCACGAGCAUGUGCAUCCGAUUAUCGAAGAAGAAGAGGAACAUAUACACCAUCACCAUCAGUACGAACACAAGGAGGAGAGUCAUGAGAGCUGAGCAAAGUCCAUGUAGAUCCAUUAAAGCCAUGCAAAAUGUUUAAAAUUAAUAAGAAACUACUAAAUUUAAAAUUUCCGAAAUUACUUCUAAGGGAAUGGGACAGGUAUAUUGUUGGAUGCCGUGAGAGAUAUUACACGAUCACUAGUUUCAAUUUUCUUUUUUUGUUAAAUAAACAU